AUGGCGAGCCAGAACUUUACGCACGGACCUGUUUCCAUAAACGAGACGCUUGUUGAGCAUUCACAUGCUGGGGUCGAUAGAGCGAUCGCUUUACCGAUUUUCAUGUUUGCCGGAGGGGCCAUUGGUAAUUUAAUUGCAAUAAUCGUCCUUUCAAUAUCAAGGCAGGAGAGGAAAUCUUCAGCCUUCUACACGCUGGUGUGCGGUCUGGCGGUGACGGACCUGCUGGGCACCUGCCUGGCCAGCCCGCUCACCAUAGCCAACUACCUGGACCCCACUGUGCUGAGUGUCCCACGUGUCUGCGAGUUUCAGUCAUUUUUGUUGCUGUUUUUCGGUCUAACGGGACUGAGCAUCAUAUGCGCCAUGGCAGCGGAGCGGUACCUGGCUAUCUGCUGCCCGUACACCUACCAGCGGUGGGGGGUGGACCGACGCUUUGCGCAAAAGUUCCUCUUCUUCAUCUACAUCAUUAACAUCUUCUUCUGCUGCCUCCCGGUGAUGGGCAUGUCGGAGAGCGAGCUGCAGCAGUCCGGCACCUGGUGCUUCAUCAACUGGGUGACACACGAGCCGGUGGCCGCCACUUACUCCGUCCUGUACGGCGUCGUCAGCCUGCUGCUCAUCCUGGGCACCAUCGUGCUCAACCUGGCGGUGUGCGGAGCGCUGCUGCUGAUGCGGCGGAGGACGACGACGCGGCGGCCCGUCAGCAGGGCCAGCGUCCGGCAGACGUGGAGGGCUCUGUCCUCAGCAGAGGAGACGCAGAUGAUCGCGGUGCUGGUGAUGACCUCCGUGGUGGUUCUGGCCUGUUCAGCCCCGUUGGUGGUCCGUGUAUUUGCCAACCACUUCAUGUUGAAAGAUGACCCCAAAGCUGACCUGGCUGCCAUCCGGAUAGCCUCUGUGAACCCCAUCCUCGACCCCUGGAUCUACAUCCUCCUCAGGAGGUCCCUGUUUCGGCGGUUACUCCGGUUAUCCAGGCGAAGUAACAGAGCUCGCAGUGGUUCAUCCCCUAAAACACAAAGGAAUCUGCUUUAUCCCGAAAUCAUGAGGGAGAGCCACGUGUUCACCACGCUGAUGUGCAAUGCAAACAUCAUGACUCAGCUGCCCGCCGCUGUCAAAUUCACUCCGCACACUCUGACUUUAACAGACUGAAGACGUGGUUGACAUCUAUGAAUGUUUGCUGCUCUCUCAGGCUGCAAGCAGCUCCAUGCAGGGACUUUGUCUCAGAGCUGAUGUCAGUGGGAUAGAAAGACUGUGACGUCGCUGUGGACCCACAGCUGGAUGGGACCCUCAAGGCCACUCAAAGAUUAUUUAUUAAAUAAAAGUAGACUGCUGAUCUGCAUCUACAGACGUCUCCUGCAGUGACACAGGACAGAAUAUACUAUGUGACUUGGAUGUUAUUACUGAAGUGCAACUAUAAGACAUGUUCAAGCCUUUAUUUUGUGGCUUUGCCUCAUACAAUCAGUGCUAUGGCUUCAUGUUUUAAUCACUCAUCACACUCAGAUCCUCCCUCCAGCAGAUCACCCAUACAGGUCCUGGGAAUUAAUCAGUAUGAUGCUACAGGAAUAGCAUACAGCUCAUUUCAUCUGGAGGUUAAAUUGACCAGAGACACAAGGAAGAUCUAAAAAUCAUGCUUCUUAUAAUAGUGCACGGAUAUCAUAAGGUUUUACGAGAUGAUUUGUCUUUUGGCCUACAGGUAGGUUCAGACCCCCUCAUCCUCCCUCAGUUACAGCUAUGCCAACGUUAAACUAGCAGGAGGUUAGUUUUACAUCAGGAUAAACAUCUGAAACACUAAUCCGAGUUCCAUGAAGCAAUGACUAAAUGAUACUAAUUCAUGUUUGUAGCCUAUUAAAGAUCCU